ACUGCAUGCAAGCAUGUCGAGUGACGUUUGCUUAAAACGUUACCGUUUGGCCCAUCGAAUAGCAGCAUCUACAGAGUCAACGGCUCAGUACAACUUUGGGUUCUGAAGUGGCCAGAGGUAGAGAAAUCAAAAUGAAAACGUUUGUAGUGCUGUGCACUGUUAUUGCUUUGUGCUGGGCGAAAAAUGGACACGUCGUGCGUCCAAAGGAUGACGAAGGCGGUGAAGCGACUCCUGCUAAGGCUCAGUUGUGUCCUCAGGAUGAAUGGGACGGUGUGAAGUCUAUACGUGAAUACAAUAAUUGGACUACCGACACCCUGCCGUACAUCGAAGGCUUUACGGUGAUGCUGAUCCAGUUUACUUCGACCGUUGGCUGGCGAUGUUACGGAACCGAGAUCAGCACACAAAAUACUACCAAAAUUGUGAUGAAAAACAUUUAUCCUGCACAAUUAUCUAGUUCGAUGGCAUUCGAUUUCGGAGAAAGGGAAGAGUCAAGUGCUGGAGAACCUUCGAAGCAGCUGAUGAUCGCUGGCGCAUCGUCUAAUUUCAUCGCAUACGCUAUGUGCAAUGGCAACAGCUCGUAUAUCAAUCUUUUCGUGACGUACAAAAACACGAUUACGGAAAAUGAGAAGCGGGCUAUCAACAAAUGGAUUAAAUCAUCCAACUUACCAAUGCUUGGCAAAUGGGCAGCUAUAAACUUCGACACGUGCUCGUUAACAAAAACCUACCUGUGCAAUGGUGGCCAGGACAAAUUCUGCUCGACGACCCUACGACGCGCGAAAAAGGUGAGAAAGCACUCCAGCGAGGAAUCAAGUGAGGACGGCACCGAAGGGCUGAUUUUCAUGCCCUGGUGAACCGGAAAGGGCGUUAGAUGUCAGGACAACUAGCAGGCUACCGCAUCUCUUCAGAUUCAAUCGAACAGCUGAUGUUGACCGUGACUUACCGAAAUAACAUCGUGUACCUAAACAUACAACUGUACUUUUAAUUCGCCGAUUUCAAAAUAACUUCCUCGUCGCGUUUGUUUUUACAUAAUGGAUGGCGAAAGUUAGUUUCCGAAGGCUGAGGCACAUUCAUUGUCGCCGAAAGGGCGCUCUCCCAGUUAUUCCGACAAGCUAUUCAACUUGAGCUUGUAUCAUUUCUACAAAGUGUCACAGAGUAAUGAAAACAUGUUCGUAAAUCUAGUAAUACGUAGCUCGUUUUCUAAGGCGAGCAUGAUUAUUAGGCAAUAAUACUUGAACGAAAAAUUCAUCUUAAUAAACGUUUGGUGACAACAGAUCUC